UGGAAGUUAACCGAUUCCGAUGGUUCCGACAUAACCCCGCACGCAACAACUGUAGAGAACAAGGAAAGGUCUCACCUUGAAUCCCGACGCGUCAAAAAGGAACAGCCUUUCACAAAUCAAAAUCCAAUUCCCACACGCAAUUCCACCUUCGGCGGCCAUAAAAUUCAAAACCCACAUCAACAAAAUCACGAUCCCGAUAGACCGUGAAGACCCAGAAGCCAAAAUCGAAAACCCGGAAAACAAAAUCGCGAAUUUGGUACUCGAGCUCUGAUCGAGAUUCGGUAGAGGAGAGAGAUGGAGCCGGUGAUGGAGGAGGAAGAGUACAACUACAGAGAAGUGGUGUUGCCGUCGCUGAUUCCGGUGGUGCCGGAGCCGGAGCUGGAGAGAGAGACGGGAGAGAGGAGGAGAGGGAGAGAUGUGAUCGUGGCCGUCGAUCACGGCCCCAACAGCAAGCACGCCUUCGAUUGGGCUCUCGUCCACUUCUGUCGUCUCGCCGACACUCUCCACCUCGUCCACGCCGUUUCCAGCGUUAAGAACGAUGUAGUGUACGAGACGAGCCAAGGGUUGAUGGAGAAGCUCGCAGUCGAGGCGUUUCAAGUCGCCAUGGUGAAGAGUGUUGCCCGUAUAGUUGAAGGAGAAGCCGGGAAUGUUAUAUGCAAGGAAGCCGACAGGCUGAAGCCUGCAGCCGUUGUGAUGGGCACACGAGGAAGGAGCCUUGUAAGAAGUGUGUUGCAAGGAAGUGUGAGCGAGUACUGCUUCCACAACUGCAAAUCUGCUCCCGUUAUCAUCGUUCCGGGAAAAGAAGCUGGAGACGUGUCGAUAAUCGAGUGGGAACGAAGAAAGGACCCGAGUCCUUGAAAUGCGAUUUCAUGCAUGGAAUUGUUCUGUUUCUAUCCCCGUUUCUAUUUGGAUUUUGUUGUGGUCAAAACACAAGGUCGUGUAUGCAUUCGCCCCCCCCCCCACCCCUUUUUUCAUAUGCUCCGUAUAACAAUCAUAUGCUAAGUUCUCAUCUACGCGAAUACUAUAUGUUCUUGUAUUAUUUUCUUUUUGUAAUUUUGGGUUUGAUGUUUUGUUUGGUGCUUUAGAGAAAAGUGUUAAUGUUUGUAAUUGUGGACCGAAACCCAUUUCCAAUGGUUGAUGUGGUAAUUGGAGACAUUGGGUAGUCUUUGUUUGAAAACGAUUCAUAUAUAUAUAUGUGUAUGCGUGAUUACAGA